AUGUGCCGCCUCACUCUUCAUGGCAAGGACAACCAUCAACCCUCCUCCAUAGUCCCCGUACGUGACUGCACUCAUCACAUUCCCUUCAAUCCUCGACAUGCCGGGGCGUCGCCGCGUCGCCCCCAACUGUACGGUUGCCCCCUGCACCUGUCGCUCAAGCCGUUCCGGAUUGACAACAGGGAUCCUGGGACAUGGAUCAAGACUGCUGUGUGCGGAGUACAGAGUCACGCUCCCAGGUUGUCUCUUGUCUCCUCGCCUCUGCCCCUCCCCUCCCUGCUUACCUCACCGCGAUGCGCAUCCACGGUGUACGUACACCUUCACUGCGUGCUGAGCACCAAGUUGCCCAACGUUCCCCCCUCAAAACAUCUAGGUUUGUUUCAGGAACACCAAUGGGAAAGCAAGCUCGGGGCUAGCUAUCCACGUCACUCCUUGCCAUCCAACCUGGGAACGCACCGCACCGCACCGCACCGCACUGCUCUGCACCACUUGCUCACGCGCUGGCAGCCCGGACCUCAUGCCGAGCGACAUCUCCGGUACACCUGUCUCAAGGUUCUUUCCCUCACACCUCACUGCACCGCACGAUACGCAACAUGUGUUCGUACCUGCACCAACAUCGGCAAGGUGACAACUCCUAGACACAGAGACAGCAGAAGAGACAGCGGGAGAUGGACACAGAGAGGGGCCAGCGGAAGAGCCGCGGCCAACUUCUCCGCCUCUGUUCGCCGUCCCAGAGGAAGCUCCGAGCUCGACAUUUGA